AUGAUGCAGUCUUCAAAUAAUUCACGGUCUUCUACGUCUUUGAAUGAGAAUUCUGCGACGUCGGAGAUUGAAGAUCCCAGCGUUGGAGAUUUUUUCAAAUCUAUCUGGAACCAAUUUAUGUUUGGAUGGACUGUAACUCUUGCACCGCGAAUUCUUCCUGGAGUCCCCAUUACAUUCCUUGGAAAAAAUUACAACUUUUCUACUUCUCCAUCUCUCAAAAGCAGCGACAAUGCCGAAAAGAAGGCUUUUGAGGCAGAUUUUUACACAAGGCUAUGGUUCACUUACCGAGAGUCUUUUCCACCCCUGCCAAUGGUCAGUUAUCCUCCAAUCACAUCCCUGGAAUCCACAGAGGGUGAUGUCCUCAAUACUACGGCGGUUUUGCGUCCUUUCAUUAGGAAACUGGAAGACACCAAUUCGUUUGGAAGUAUUUCUUCUGCUUCUCCUCUUCCUCCUACACCUAAAAUUCCUCUAUCGACUCGGACGUCGGAUUGUGGUUGGGGGUGUAUGAUUCGAUCCGUUCAAAUGCUUGCUGCUCAAGCCUUUCUUAUUCAUUUCCUUGGACGCGAUUGGAUUUAUGAUCCCACUAUUAGAGUAUCAGCUCAGGAUCCAAGCGCGCGAAGACACCGCCAGAUUAUUCGCUGGUUUGCUGAUUCUCCUCUCUCCCCUCUCUCAAUUCACAAAUUGAUCCAGGCCAGUGGAUCUCCACCCGGCACACACUUUGGUCCUGCUGCGGUCUGUCGUGCCUUCCUCAUUGCCAUGUCGUGGGCAGAGGAUGACGACUUGUCCCAGAUUUCCAUCUACUUCGUUUAUGAUCGGAUCAUUGUUAGAGAGACGGCUCUAUCUCUGAUUGAUGAGGAUCAAACCUCCUCUUCCAAAGCAAAGAGCAAUCAAUUUCACCCUACUAUCUCCAGCGAUUUGUCAGAUGAUCACUUUCUAAAUAAUCUAGUAGCAGCCACUUCUGAUCUCAGCACCUACGAUGGAACUGUGGCGAAUGAAUCCAAACGAGGUCUCCUCUUCCUCCUGCCAAUGCGCCUGGGUGCAGGUGAUCGCAUCGAUCCCAAUCAUGUGCAAACUCUUCUCCAACUCCUUCAAGAUCCUGCCUGCAUCGGACUCAUUGGGGGUAGACCUCGACACUCCAUCUACGCGCCCGCCGUCCAGUCUGAUCGCAUUUUCUACCUCGAUCCGCAUUUUAAUCAACCGACUCUCAAUAUCAAUGAUCUAAGCGAGGAUUCGAAUUUUGAUGUCUCUGUAAGUUUUAUUCUUCGUAAAGCUGAGAAAUCUGACAAGCGAGUGCUUAGUUGUCAGGACCCGAUCUUUGGAAAAGAAUAUAUCACCAUAGUCUAUGAAGUCUGGGCUCUUCAUAUGCUCCGUGCUCAAAGCUGGCACUGCUCUUGCCCACAAAAGUUGAUGGUGCGCGAUUUGGACCCUAGCCUGGCUUUAGGCUUCUAUUGUGGCAGUCGACAAGAGGUUCUCAACCUUCUAGAUCGUCUGCCAAAAGCUUCUCAACUUUUUCCAACUUCUCCGAAUUCUUCACCCCAUCAACUAAUCGAAGUUGUCAAUGAGUCUGAGAGAGCACGGCUCUUUUCCCACAAGUCCAUGAAAACUCAACCAAUAGAAAGUUUGAAUAACUCCUAUCCCCCGAUUGAUGAAGAAAAUGGAUCAAACCAAAUAGCAGACGGGUUACAGGGUGGUGAUCUUGACGAUGGAGAUGUAGAAACCUGUCUUAUUGACUUUUAA